AAUUUCUUGAACAUCUUGCAAUGACCUCAUUUUACAAGAUAACACAAGCUCCAUUAUUUCCUUUUUUACGUAAUCCAUUUCUUUCCCCCUAUAUUGCCGAUGGACUGAACAGCGUUCAUUUUUCUCGUUCUUUAUCUAUCAAAUUCAGGCAAGCUGAAAAUUUUGCAAACAGAUACUUGUUUACAACAUCUGCUGUGUCAGUGGCUCCUUUCAGAAUGGGUGAAAAACUGCAGGCUCAUCAGCAGUCUUUGCCUCGUUUACCUGUUCCACCUCUUCAUCCUUCAUUAGAAAAAUACUUGUUAUCUGUUCGUCCACUUCUUACUGAAGAAGAAUACCACAACACAGAAAAAGUUGUAAAAGAAUUUGGUGCUCCUGGUGGCUUGGGAGUCAAACUGCAUACCAUGUUGAAAGAAAGGGCAAAAGUUACUGAAAACUGGUUGGAUGAAUGGUGGCUAAAUUCUGCAUAUUUAGAAUUCCGCAUGCCUCUUGUUCUCUAUUCAAGCCCUGGCUUAGUUUUUCCUCUUAAAGAUUUUAACACAGUUGAAAGACAAUUGAGGUAUGCUGCUCGCUUAGUAGCUGGAGCUUUAGAUUUUAAAAAGCUUGUAGACAGUUAUUCAUUGCCUCUUGAUAUGAUGGGUGGCCAACCUCUUGAUAUGUCUCAAUACUAUAAAAUUUUUUCCACCUGCCGAAUACCUGGUUACCCAAAAGACAGUUUGGCUUUAUAUGGAAUGGAUGCUGAGAAACCUAGACAUAUAGUGGUGGCUCAUAAUAAUCAUUAUUUUAGUGUCGAUGUCUAUGGUGAUGAUGGUGCCCCUCUGAAUGAAAGUCAAUUGUUAGGGCAAUUCUUGGAAAUAGUCAAACAGUCUCAGUAUCAGAAAAGUCCAAUUGGUGUGUUGACAACGCUUCAUAGAGAUGCCUGGGCUAAGGCUUACAAAAGGUUACGUAAAUACGAUGCUUUGAAUAAGGAGUCCAUUCAAGCAAUACAGAAAGCAAUAUUUUUAUUGUGCCUUGACAAAAAAGUACCUGAUACAGGUUGCCUUAACAGGAAAACACAUGUUGCCUUACAGACUAUCCAUGGUGGGGGUGCUAAAUGGAAUGCAGGCAACAGAUGGUAUGAUAAAACUAUACAGUUUAUCGUAGGUGAAGAUGGUGUAGUUGGUUUAACUUAUGAGCAUAGCCCUGCUGAAGGUCCCCCUAUAACUAGCAUGAUGGAUCACAUUGUGCAGUAUCUUGAAAAAACUCGUGGAAAUAAGUGGCUUCCUUCAAGUGCUAUUACCCAGCCUAAGAAGCUGAGAUUUAAGCUCUCUGAUGAUACAAUGAAAGAUAUUGCUGAAGCAGAGCAAGAUCUUGAAAAUCUUGUAUCUGAUUUGGAAAUGUCAUGCUUUACUUAUGAGCCUUAUGGUAAAGAAUUUAUUAAAUCACAAAAGUUAAGUCCUGAUAGUUACAUACAAAUGGCCAUUCAGCUGGCAUUCUACAAGAUACAUAAUCAGAUAGCUGCUACAUAUGAAUCAGCUUCAUCUCGUAAAUUUCUGCAUGGACGAACGGAAACUAUACGCUCAGCUUCAAUGGAAGCUUUGGACUACUGCAAAAUAAUGACCGAUAAAUCCUCUCCUGUGCAUACAAAGGCUGCAGCAUUACGUUCAGCUGUAGAUGCUCACAAAGAAUACACUCUACAGGCUGUAAAUGGUUUGGGAAUUGACAGAUUAUUGCUGGGAUUGAAGAAAAUUGCUCUAGAAUGUGGCAUGAAUAUACCUGAAUUAUUUCUUGAUGCAGGUUAUACAACAAGUACUCAUUUCAAACUCUCAACAAGUCAGGUUCCAUCAAAAGUUGAUGCAUUUAUGUGCUAUGGACCACUAGUACCAGAUGGCUAUGCAUGCUGUUAUAAUCCACGACCAUCUUCAAUAAACUUUGGGCUCUCUGCAUGUAACAGUAGCCCUGAGACACACUCAAGCAAAUUUAUGAAUCACUUAACUGAAAGCUUAACUGAAAUGCAUGAUGUUAUUAUCCAGUCACAGAAAGCAAAAUUAUAAAUUAAAACCUUUCAUUUUUUAUUGAA